GAGGUCCAGAAGGCGGCAUCUCUCUUCUCCCUCUACACCGAGCUCUUCUCCAUGAUCCCCUCCCUGGCCGCCACCCUCAUCCUCGUCACCUAUAGCGACCAGCGCGGACGCAAGAUCACCAUCAUCCUGCCUCUGAUUGGCUCUCUGUUUUACACGGUGUCCUUCCUGUCCGUCUCCUUCUUCGAGCUGGACCUCUACCUCCUCAUCGUCUCCUCCUUCGUCAGCGCCCUGUUCGGGGGCUCGGGGACGUUCCUGGGGGGCUGUUUCUCCUACAUCGCUGACCUGUGCGAGGACGGACAGGAGAAGACCCUGCGGAUGGCCGGGGUGGACAUGGUGAUCGGCCUGCUGUCUGGAGUGGCCUCUCUCUCUACGGGUUACUUCCUCCGAGCAGCAGGCUUCAACUGGCCCUUCUUCACCUCGGCUCUGUUCCAGUGUGUCAACCUGGUCUACGCCGUCUUCGUCCUGGAGGAGACGGUCCAACGACCUCCAGACGACCCCCUGGACGGCUCCCCGCGCCGCACCGCCAUGCGUCAGCUGGCCUACGGGGUCUACCAGCUGUUUGCAGGGGCCAGCAGGAGGCGCAACGUCCUCCUGGUUCUCCUCCUGCUCCUCUUCUCCUCCUUCUCCUUCGCCAACGUGGGCGGGAUCUCCACGAUCACGCUGUACGAGCUCAACCAGCCGCUGUGCUGGAACGAGAUCCUGAUUGGCUACGGCUCGGCGCUGUCCAUGACAGUGUUCCUGACCAGCUUCGUGGGCGUGACUGUGUUCUCUCGCUGCGGCGUGCCCAACCUCGUCAUCAUACUCAUAGGGAUACUGAGUGUCAUGGCGGCCAUGACCCUGGUGGCCUUCGCCAAGACCACGCUCAUGAUGUUCCUGGGUAAGGAAUAAGGAUGAUUUUCACAUGGUAACAUGGUCAGGAAUAAGGAUGAUUUUCACAUGGUAACAUGGUCAGGAAUAAGGAUGAUUUUCAAUGGUAACAUGGUCAGGAAUAAGGAUGAUUUUCACAUGGUAACAUGGUCAGGAAUAAGGAUGAUUUUCACAUGGUAACAUGGUCAGGAAUAAGGAUGAUUUUCAAUGGUAACAUGGUCAGGAAUAAGGAUGAUUUUCAAUGGUAACAUGGUCAGGAAUAAGGAUGAUUUUCACAUGGUAACAUGGUCAGGAAUAAGGAUGAUUUUCAAUGGUAACAUGGUCAGGAAUAAGGAUGAUAUUCACAUGGUAAUUUAACAGACACCUUUAUCCAAAACGACUCACAUUCGGUAUGUGCCCCAAAACAUUUUUAAACUCCCAUGUAGGGUUGGGGUCAAUUCCAUUUACAUUCCAGUCAAUUCAGAAAGUAAAACAAAUUCCCAACAUGGGAGUCAGGUUAUGAACAGGUUAUGAACAGGUUAUGAACAUGUUAUGUCGCUUCUGUUAGUUGUCCCUUUUUGGAAAGGAGCAAGAGAGAGACCUGAAUAUCAUUGGCUGAAACGUAGGCUAAACCUAUUACAAAAGUCCAUAAAAUCUAGUUGCUUGUUGUAUUAUGAUUUAAUGUCUAAUAUCUGAAUGUGUCUUCAUUUUCAUUAUAUCGGGUUUCACAGCCGUAAUCAAAUAAAGCAAUCUGAUAAGCCUUGGAACGUUGCCAAGGAAAAUCGGCCACUCAUAAACAGGCUGCACUGCGUUCAAAUCUGCAAUUUGCCACAGUUACGUUAUGACUAUAACUACUGCUCCCUGAAGGAGGGAAAUUAGGUAAAACAUGCUAUGGGGAGUCGCACUCUCGCAACUUCGGUUGUACCUCGUUUCCCUCCUCCGGGGAACAGUAGUUAUAGUCAUGUUGUACCUCGUGUUCAUAACAUGUUCAUAACCUAAUGCUGUUCAGUCUACAUAUCGAUUGAGAACCCAGUGAAUCAAUAAUGUGAUGUAAGCCUCGGGAUCUGCUUCUUCACAUAUGGACAGAUAUCAUCCUGUGCUUAGAGUAUCUUAUGGUUGUUAGUACAGUCCAUGUGUCUGAGUUAUCCCGGAUAUUCUCUCUAGAUUCUAUUGUCUAUAUUUAGAUUUUAUAUCUAGAUCUCUCUCAUCAUCCUCUAGUCUAUGGAUUCUCUUUCUCUCUCUCAUGUCUCUCUCUCUCUACUCUAUCUCUCUCUCUCUCUCUCUCUCUCUCUCGUCUCUGUCUCUCUCUCUCUCUUUCUCUCUCUCUGUCUCUGUCUCUCUCUCUCUCUCUCUCUCUCUCUCUCUGCCUCUCUCUGUCCCUCUGAAUUCAAUUCAAUAAAUGCUUUAUUGACAAGAAUGGGUGGUUUCCACUGUUGCCAAAGGAAUCUAUAGGAAGUAUUACAAAAAUGAACAAUAUGCUUGAGCAAAAAUAUUAAUAAAAUCACAACAAAAAUCUACAUGGACUAAAUAAAAAAAAAUUAACCCAAACAACCCAAAAUUGAGAAUAAAAUUUCACAAGGAAAUCUCUCUCUUAUGUUUGUUCUUCUCAGUGAGGCUUCCAAUGCUGCUGGCUAUCAUGCCAUUCCCCAUGCUGAGAUCCAUGAUGUCGAAGAUCGUGUCAAAGACCGAGCAG